ACAUCAACAAAGCAUUUGAAAACUAGUUACUAUUUAUGUUUCAAUAUAUACAAUUAAGUAAAAUUGUAAAACUUAUCUAAAAUCGCGAAGUGUAAACUUGAUAAAUAAGAUGUGUCUUUGCGAAAGCUGUGAGUGUAUGGAUAACCUCUGUUGUUCGCUGAAGGCAAAAGCCAUGUUUUUUUCUAUCUGGACACUUGUAAAUGGCGUAAUUUCGAUACUCGUUGGUAUUUUUUUAAAAGCUGAAACGUCAGUUAUCUGUCUUUGUUAUGCUUUAAUAGUGCUGCAUAUAUUGGCCGGUAUUCUCUUGUUGCUGGGCGUUCUUAAACACUGGGCAAAAAUAUUUCUUGCUGGCAUCAUCUUAAGCUCAUUUCUACCAUAUAUGUUUUUAUUUUUACCUUAUCUAGCAGUUGUUCAAGUCAUCUUUACAAUAACCUCUUGCAGGUAUUAUAUGCUUCAACUAAAAUAGAUUUGGGUAGAGUCAGAAUAUUCAAUAAUUGUCGUGUAAAUCAAAUUUUGGUUAAUAAAUAUUUUCGGCUUGAGUCACAAUAUACAAGACCGCA